AUGAGAGGAAUAUUAAUUUUACUUUUAUUAUUUAUAUUUUCAAUUAAAAUAAUAAAUUCACAAAACCCACUCACUGAAUCAGAAUGUAAUAAUUGUACAAUAAAUCUAUUAAAUAUAAUAUCACAAGCAUCUAUUGAAUAUCGAAUAGAUAGUUCAUUCAAUGGAUAUAAUUUUUGUGGUAUCCCGAUUUAUCCAAUCGAUUUUUCGAUUGAUUGCAAUGAAACUUCUAGAACGGUUAGACAUAUAAGAGCAACACAUAAAAAUAAAACAAAUUUAUUAUCACCUGACCAUUUUCAAUGUUAUUCAGCUUUAAAUAAAAUAAAUAUAGAUAAAUUCAGAGUUACAAAUCAAUUUUUAUUAGGGAAAUUUCCUGAAUCAUUGAAAAUGGUAUCAUUACUUAAUGGUGAUUCAACAUUAUUUAAUAUUGAUAGUGGUGUAAAUAAAACAAUACCAUUCAAUAAUCUUUCAGUGAAAUUAUUCCUUUCAGGACCUCUAAAUAUUUAUUUAUCAAAUCUUUUGAAUGUAAUAGAUUUUUCUCUCUCAACUCAAACAUUAGCACCAAAAUAUAAAAUCAACUAUAUAAAUGAUAUAAACGAUCAUUCCAUAAUAACAGAUAACCAAUAUUUUCGAAUUUUUCCAAUAUACACACACUCUAUACCAUCCAUGGAUAACUUAAAAGGUGGUUUAUUAGAAUUUACUCUGUUGCCAGGUACAGACCAAAAUUCGUUUUCUAAUUUUUCAACUUAUUCAAAAAUUAGAAGUUUAAACUUGAAAUCAGCAGAUCCAUCACAUAUCUACCCAUUUCCAAUAGCCUUAACUAAAAUACCAAUUUCUAUUAAUAAAAAUACUGGUUUUUCGAUUGGGUAUCAAAUUAAAAAACCAAUUGAUUAUAUAGACUUGUCAAAUUACUCUGAUGAUGAUUUGGUGGAGGGAAUAUUUAUUACAAAUGCAGGUAAUUUAUUCAAUAUUAAUGGUAACUUUCCAUUUUCAGUGUUACCACCAAAUUUAAAUACAUUUCAAUUGAAAAAUGGAAAUAUAAGUGUAAUCAAUUUUAAUAUUUUCAAAGAGAAAACAAAUAUAAUAGAUUUAUCAUUUAAUGGUUUAACCAGUAAAUUACCAACAUCAUCUUUUAUUAAAUCAAUGGAUGUUUUACUUGAGUUAUAUUUAAAUGAUAAUAAAUUAACAGGUGAAAUGGAUGAUAGUUGGUGUUCAAUAACUUUCGAUAUUAGUAAUAAUUUAAUUGGUGGUAAAGCACCAUCAUGUGUAGUUUGUCAUUACCUUAAUCCAAUUACUAGUGCAAUUGUUAAUGGUAAUAGAUUCACAAAUUUAGAUAUUAACCAUUUAGAAGAUUGUACUACUAUUGAACUAAAUCUAUCAUAUGAUAAUCAAACUAAAUCAUUGAUGCUAUAUGGUAGAGAUCUUGGUUUUGGUAAAUCAUUCAAAUUUGAUAAUCCAAAUUUAUGGAAUAGUAGAGUAACUGGUCCAAUGCCAAAAGGAUUCAAUAUUACAUUUCCAUAUUUACCACAAGGUUCAAGAACUUUUGAAAUUACAGCUUAUAAUGAAUUCAUACCACAAAUUGAUUCAGUUAUUAGAUAUUCAGAUUAUUUCAUUAUCAAUGGUAAAUACUUUGCAUAUAAUAAUACGGUUAUCAAUGUUUUAAUCUCAAACGAACCUUGUUUAGUAUUAUCAAGUAAUUUCAAUCAAAUUCAAUGUUAUCUUUAUAAUUCAAAUAAAAUCAUCAAUAAUAAUAAUGGUAACAGUGAUACAAGUAGUAGUAAUAGUGGUGGUAUUGUAAAUAAUAAUAAAGAAAUUAAUUGUUUAGUUCAAGUUAUGAAUGUAUCGAAUAGUUUUAAUUUCAAAUUGAAUCAAAUUUGUAAUGGUAGUAAUUGUCCAGUUCCAGUGUGUAAUAUAAAAAAUGGAGGUGUAUAUAAUAAAGAGAGUGGAGUUUGUGAUUGUUUUUCAAAUGAAUGGAGAGGUUAUCAAUGUGAACAAAAACCAUUGAAAUGCUCAUCAGAUUGUAGUAAUAAUGAUGGUGGUGGUAUUUGUAAUAAUAUUAAUGGUAAAUGCGAAUGUAAUGAAAAUAGAAUAUUCGAUGAUUGUAGUGGUAGACUAUGUAAUGAAGGAUUAGGUUGUAGUAAUGGUGGAAUUUGUGAUUAUUUAUUUGGUCAAUGUAAUUGUACUAUUCAAUGGACUGCUUCAAAUUGUAAUAUACCUAAUACUAUGGUUACCUCACAAGAUAUUAAACGAGGUGCUCUUGGUAAUCUAUUAAUAUUAAAUGGUUGGUUUGGUAGUGAAAUUUUUCGAAAUGAUCUAACUAUUAAAGUAAAUCAAAUAGAAUGUGACAUUGUUGCAGAUUCUGACUAUAUGGUCGAAUGUUAUCCGUCAGACAUCUAUUGUUACCAAUAUAAUAAUAAUAAUCUGGAAUUAUCAGUUGUUCAAAACAAUGUUCAUUGGAGUGGAUUUUAUAACCCAACACCUUUAGAUGGUAUUAGCGUGUGUAUUAAUAAUGGUAGUAGUAGUAGUAGUAGUAAUAGUAGUAAUAGUAGUAGCGAUGGUAUUAAUGGUGAGAAUAAGGAGGAUGCUCAAAAUCCAAAAUUUUCCAGAAAAAAUAUUUUAAUUUUAAUAUUAAUUUUAAUUUCAUCUGUAAUUUUAAUAAUCCUUUUAGUUUUAGCUAUUAAAAGUAAUCAAUGCAAAGUAAAAAUUAGAAACACAUUUAAAGAUAAAAAAAAAAUUUUCAUAGAGUUGGAAGAAACAGAUAUUAAAUUUUAA